GGGGAAAUUAGCAAUCAGUAGAUUUUGAGCGUCUGUGAUGUAGAGCUCUCACUGUCCCGUCCACCAACAGCACCAUUACCACCAGUACUAGCACUCUCACCAUCAACAUCACCUCCACCACCACCACCAGCAGCGCCACCACCACUACCACUCGCAGCACCACCACCACUACCACUCGCAGCACCACCACCACUACCACUCGCAGCACCACCACCACUAGCACUAGCACCUCCACCACCACCACUAUCACCACCACCACCACCGCCAGCAGUUCAACGAUGGCGUCCCUGGCAGUUGUUCUUCUCCUCUGUGUCCUCGCCUCCCCGGUAUGGGGCGAGGCUGUGUGUGACUGCGGCACCUUCCUCAGCACCGACCAGUGGGUGCAACAGGUGGUCAUUCUCAGGUCUACUCUCGUAGAUAAUUGCCACGCCUUCAUCACAUGUAGGAGAGCGUGCAUCGAGCAGUUCCUGGAGGUGACGGGAGGAGGGAACCUGUCUCACCAGCUGGACGACGGGGAGACGGUUGGACAGCUGUUCUGUCGUGCUCUGAACGAGAGGGGAGACCCACACCUGCCCGCACACCUGGUGCAUCUGUACAUGAGUCUGUGCGAAGGACCGUGGGAGUACGCUGAAGUCAGUACUAGGGAGCCUCUUUGUUGCCUGGACGGUCAACACAGUUCCUGUCAAGCCUUCCCCCAAGGCAAGAUGUCGACUAUGCCUGUCCUUCAGCACGCCAGAGUGGUAGUACAAGCAGUCUAUCAUACUUCUAAUAUAUGAGGCUACUGUGGGUGGGAGAAAAAUGUGGAAUAUAGAAUGUUUGCAUGAAAGCUUUCUCGAAGCUUGGAAUUGCAUUACUUCGACUCGUCCUCGUCCAAGCUGCCAUAAGGCAACCUGUCCUCCAGCCCGUCCUCCAAACAAAGGCCCAAAGUCCAUUCCAUGCACCCGCCUAACCCCCCUGUUUAUGGAUGAAAAACGGUUCAUGAAUGACAGAUUUUGUUCGAACCACAACGCUGUAAAUGUAUCACCCACGUACUACAAAUACAAAUAAUCGCCAACAGAACCUAACGUUAGAACCUAAACUUAGUUCAAAAGAACCUAAAGUGGUUGUGAGAAGAGACCAUCUGGUGAUGAUCUCUCACAACCAGACCAUCACCAGAGAAAUCUUAACAAACAACACUGAAAUCAUCGAUAGGUACAGCGAUAGCAGGCGGCUUGACAUCAGCGAGGCACUACACAUCAAAAAGUCAACACCAGCAAUCAACAGCCAAUUAACGCACAACUAUAUUCUACCCACUUCAAGGCACCGUAUGGGUCAAUAGGCCCUCUGCAGUUAUUUCCAUUCUCAUGUAUCCACCUCACCGAAUACCCACCUCACCCAAAAUCAAUACAAAGCAAGAGUUAUGUCAAAUGUUUCAUACACAGUGUAUCGAGUGUAUCAUAAGUAGUGUUAAGUGUAAACAAGUCUUUGAGAAUGUAAGAAGCCCUUACG